GUGAUUUAUGGGGAUUUGCCCCCCUUUUUUGUCGUCUUGUGAUGGCGUUUCCCCAUUAAAGCUUAAGCUUGAAUUCCCNGUCGGUAAACCUCCUCCGCGUCUGCCGGGAAAGAGUGGUCUCCGACCUCCUCAAAGGCAGAGAAAUGGCCACGAGGCUCCAAACCCUCCUCCAACGCAGCCCCGGCACCGCCUCCGAAGACCUCAGCGGAUCAUCGCCGUCCGUUCAUAGCAAACUCUCUCUUGAGAUCUUAGGGUCUUUCUCCGACGCCAUCUCCCAGCUCAACAACUGUUGCGCUGUCCCGCCCCCGCCCGGCCAGCGGGGGAUCUUAUUAUCUAACGACUCCGACCACGGUCAGAAGUUUUGGUCGGACGAGCCUGCCCGGAAGCGGGUGCAGGAAAACGGGGUGUCGCCCCCGGGCAGGACUGGUAGAGGUGGUUACAAAAGAAGAAAAAACAGUGGAGAAGAGACCCGGACAAAUGUGUGUAAAACAAUGGAAGAUGGAUAUGCAUGGAGAAAAUAUGGCCAGAAACACAUCCAUAAUUCACUACAUCCUAGGUGCUACUAUAGGUGCACCCAGAAGGGGAGAGAAGGGUGCAAAGCAACAAAGCAGGUUCAAAGAAUCUCCCAAGAUGAGUUCCAAACCACAUACUUUGGUCACCACACUUGCACCCAUCCACACAAUCCCUUCAAUAAAAAUCACCACCACCAACAAGAACAUGGAGGGGAUCUUGAUGAUGAUUCCUGUUCUUCUUGUUUUUAUUAUUGUAACGACGAUCUUCGGUACAACCGAAACGCGGCGGAGGCGGAGGAGGAGGAGUCACCGCUAGCGGCGGCGGCGGCGGCGGCGGCGACAUACCAUCCGCACCAAGAUACGAGCGGUGUUUUUGAUGAUGAUGUUGAUUAUGAGAGGUGCUUUGAGAAUCUGGACAACCUCUUCCGGUCGGAGGAGAUGCCACUUGCCUUUUUGGACAAUAAAGACUUAGAAGAAUUUACUUAAAUAGCACUAAAACAUAAUGACUUUUCCUAAAUAACACUACAUAUGUUUU